AUCAUAUAGAUAUGACGACGUACAGGAAAACUUGGGAUAAAGAUGAAUAUGCUCAGAAAGCGAAAGACCGACUUGUCGCAGAAAAUGAACCAGAAAUCGUAUCGGAGAGGAAGGUUAAAAGAGAACUUCUUAGACCUAGAGACCACAAGGUCGAUCUAGACUCCAAGUUGGGGAAGACUAUGGUGGUAACAAAAGACAGUCCCAGCGCAAUGCAAGGAGGCUAUUACUGCAAAGUUUGUGAUUGUGUUGUUAAAGAUUCCAUCAACUAUCUGGAUCAUAUCAACGGCAAAAAACAUCAACGAAAUUUAGGAAUGUCGAUGAAAGUAGAGAGAUCAACUUUAGAGCAGGUCCGAGCCAGAUUUGAUAAAAAUAAACGAAAGAGGGAGGACGAUGAGAAAAAUAAAGCGGAGGACUACGACCUUGAAGCUCGAGCUCAGGAGCGACAAGAGGAGGAGGAGCGGCAGAGAGCACUGAAACGCCAGCGAAAGAAGGACAAGAAGCGGGCCGUGGCCGGGGCGGGGGAGGAGGAACUGGAUCCUGAACUUGCUGCAAUAAUGGGGUUCGGCGGCUUUGGAAAGUAGCCGGGAAACAAUUUAAUGCCUUGAUCAGAAACGUACAUGGUACAAGUGUCGAGCACUUCAUGUUAAAGCUAAUCUGGUGUUAAUUAUGCUAAUAUGGUGUUAAUUAUGCUAAUCUGGUGUUAUUUAUGCGUUUAACAAUCAUCUCAACAGAGGAAUAUAAUUUCAUGACCAGUUUAAUCGGUUGGGACUGCAACGAACAAGUACCAUAUUUAAUCUUUAACCAGUCGAGAUUUUCCUUUUUACCUAAUCAUGUUAAUAGACUCACAUGUGAAUGAAGUUAUCUGAAUAUUUACAACAAUUCGCUCUUAUGAUACCAACAUGAGA